AUGGAAAUUGCAGUGGAGAAAGAAAUCAAGCCAGCCGCCUUCUAUGUGCUUCAGCCACACAAAUGGCCCACUUUUGGCAAGCAAUCGAUUGGGAGACACAGCAGGAAGCUUCUGGCAAGAGGACAUAAAUUUUUGAAAUGGCUUGAUCAACAGCAACCACAGUCAGUCAUAUAUGUUGCAUUUGGCAGUACAACUCUUCUUGACAGAACCCAGUUCCAAGAAUUAGGCAUGGCACUUGAACUCUCCAACAGACCAUUCCUUUUGGUGGUGCGUCCUGAUAUUACAGAUAAAAUAAAUGAUGCCUAUCAGAAAGGAUUUCAAGACAGAAUUGCAACUCGAGGGCAUAUAGUUAGUUGGGCGCCUCAACAGAAGGUUUUGGCACAUCCUUCCAUUGCCUGCUUCAUAAGUCACUGCGGAUGGAACUCCACUAUGGAAGGUAUUAGCAAUGGGGUCCCGUUCUUAUGUUGGCCUUACUUCGGUGACCAGAUGCACAAUGAAAACUACAUCUGUAACAUUUGGAGGAUUGGAUUGGGGUUAAGCAAAGAUGAAAGUGGGAUAAUUACACGGGAAGAAAUCAAAACUAAACUGGAAGAACUCCUGGAUAAUAGUAAGUAUAAAGCAAAUGUUUUGGAUCUCAAGGAAAGGGUGCUGAAUAGCAUCAAAGAAGGUGGAAGCUCCUACAAUAAUUUCAAGAAUUUUGUUGAAUGGCUGAAGGCAUAA